GCCGGACAUCCAGCCGGGCGGCCGAGCGGGUCCUGGAGCCGGCCAUGAGGAGGCCCCCCGGCUGAGCCCCGCAGGGUAGCCUCAGGAAUGCUGGGAGGUCACUGAGUCUGAUGGAGAAGAGAAGAAAGAGGAGCCUCCUGGUCCAGAGAUGCCCUUCCGCCAUGGCCAGUGCCCCCGGAGGCCAGGCCCCUGCCCUGCUGGGCCUGGACGGGCUGCUGGUGGUGAAGGUGGAAGAGGAGGAGGAGGCUGCGUGUGACGAGGUGCCCGACCCCGAGUCCUCGAGGCAGCAUUUCCGCCACUUUGGACGUGAUGGGGAGGCUGCGGGGCCCCAGCAGGCCCUGGCCCGGCUCCGGGAGCUCUGUCACUGGUGGCUGAGACCAGACAUCCACACCAAGGAGCAGAUUCUGGAGCUGCUGGUCUUGGAGCAGUUCCUGACCCUGCUGCCCAGGCAGGUGCAGGACCGUGUGAGGGAGGAGCAGCUGACCAGGGCCGAGGAGGUGCUGGGCCUGCUGGAGGGGCUGGACCGCGAGCUGGAAGAAAACGGCCCACAGAUGUCUGAAAUCCUGCCGUGGCCUCAGGAGCGGUUGAAUGGAGACCCUGGUGUGGAGGUGCCCCCAGCCAGAGCUGGGUAUCAGCCUCUGACAGGAUCCUCACCCGUGGCCAGGGCAGACCUAACCUUUGCUGAUGUGACUGUGAGCUUCUCGUGGGAAGAGUGGGGGCACCUGGCACCUGGCCAGAAGGAGCUCUACAGGGACGUGCUGUGGGAGAGCUACGGGCACCUGGGUGCCCUCGGAAUCCCUGUCCCCAAACCAGACCUGAUUGCCUUGAUUGAUGGAGAGGAGGAGGCCAAAGAUGGGCAGCUCUGCUUGGCUGGAGAGGAGAACGUGCCUGGAGGGGCCCAGCCAGGCUGUGGGAAGAGACUCUGUAAGGGGAAUCCUCAAGAGAAAGGGCCCCAACCUAGAGCCCUGCAAGCUGCCCCCUCCCCUCAGGACCAGACAAAGUCACCAAGGCAAGAUGCGAGGAGAAGGGCUUCUGGAGAGGGGCCAGCAAGCCCUUGUGUCCCCCCUGCCCCUCAGAAAGAUCUUGUGGCUGCCACCAUCCCAUCUGUACAGCGCCAGCUCCCCCCCACCAAAGGGGGCAAAGGGAAAGCCCAGCAGAGACCUCUCCCCAAUGAGGGAGGGGCUCCUCGCUGCUUGGAAGAGAAGAGCCCCUGGAAAGACCUCCCCGCUCUGACCAAGGGACCCAAACAGUACAGAUGCAGGGACUGUGGGAAAAGCUUCCACUGCAAAUCCCCACUCGUCCGCCACCAGAGAACGCACACGGGAGAAAAACCGUUUAAAUGUCCCGACUGCGGGAAAGACUUUAGCCAGAGGUCCAACCUGAACAUCCACCAGAGAGUGCACACCGGGGAGAAGCCCUACACCUGUGCUGACUGUGGGAAAGGCUUCAGCCACCAGACCACGCUGCGCAUCCACCGGCGGACCCACAUGAAGGAGAAGCCCUACACAUGUACAGAGUGCGGCAAAGGCUUCAGCCAGACGUCCCACCUGCACGUCCAUCAGCGCGUCCACACGGGCGAAAAGCCCUACAAGUGUCUCGUCUGUGGGAAAGGCUUCAAGCAGAGCUCCAACCUGCAGGUGCAUCAGAAAGUCCACCGGGGAGCAGUGUGCUCUGCUCGCCCAGAGUGAUGCCCAAGAGCGCCAAGGCUCUCUGCCUCAUCCAUCCAUCCAUCCAUUCAUUCAUUCAUUCAUUCAGCAGUCCUUCCUAAAAACCUGCUGACUGUUGAGUUCUGUCAUGUCAUGAAGACAAAGAGAAAUGUACCACAGGCCUUCCUCUGAACAAGAUUAUAGUCUAAGGGUGGAGGGGAGAAAGGGGCGCGGAAAAGAGGCCAUGUGCUUUACCAUAAAGAGUGUUGUAUUUUGGGUUAGAGGACCCAGCUCAGCAGCCUCCUUCCUGGGUCAUCCCUCAACCACAUCAUGCAUUUCUCUGGUCCUCCCUCAGUCUCCUCUACAAAAUGAGGGUGCUGGGCAGGACAACAGUGGGUCCAGGUGGAAGGAAGGAGUCCUGGCUUUGAAGCUGGACGACCCCACCUAGAAUCUCAGUCUGCUGUGUACUUACUUCACUUCUCUGGCCCUCGGGGUCUCUUCUGUAAAAAGUAAGGCCUUGGUCCCAGCUACUGGGUUAAGUGCUCACUGUGCCACAAAAACGGCUUGAAAACUUGGUAAGCAGUCUGGCAGAGAACAGGCCUAGAUCAACAUCUCCCACCACAGAGUGAGAGAAGUUGCAAAUAAAUACACAACCUAGACAUAAAAAAUGGCAAUGGUCAAAUUAGGCACUCAUCCUAUAGAUAUCCUAUAGAUAGGGGAAGAUGUUCACAACCCAAAAUGGACAAUCUUGACAAUAUAGAGAUGCCUUUGUACAAAGAAAGCUUGUGUAAGUUAAAAUCAGACAGGAAGCAGGGAACUGGGGGGAAAUCUCUGCGGCAGUUCCCUCUGAUAAAGGUCUCAUUUCCAAGAAAUAUGAGGAACUUAUUAAAAUUUAUAUUAAAGUAUUUGAACAGGGAGUU